UGGACAGACGCUCAGUCGUCUCCUCCAUCUCACCACCACCAUCAACCAACACCUUGCACCCCAUCUCGCCUCGAUCACGCGUGCAUGCAACGCCGGCGCAUCAUGGCAUCAACAACAAACACAAUAGACAAGCAAUUUCACCGGGCAGUGGACAUUGUCCAAAGCCUGCCCAAGAGCGGCCCAGUGCAGACAAGCUACGAGGAGAAGCUGCAGUUGUAUGCACUCUACAAGCAGGCGACCGAGGGUGAUAUCAGUGCGCCACGGCCGGGGAUGCUCGACAUGCUCGGACGAGCAAAGUGGGACUCGUGGAACAAGGUCAAGGGUGUGAACAAGGCCGAGGCAAAGCAGCUGUACAUCGCUGCUCUGAUAAAGAUUUUCCAGCGAUUCGAGUACCAGUCCCCCGACGCGAAGCGGUACAUUGCCGAGCUGGAGGCGAUGGGCCCGUUGGAUGUGGACCGCCCAGCGUCACCAGCGUCCUCUACUUCAUCCUUUCACUCGUCGCACGCGUCGCCGCUCGACGACGACGAGCGACAAGAUCCCGAAGACGACCGGCGGCCAUCCCUGCCGCACUCGGAGCUCGGGCCCCACUACGCUCCGCCAGACCCGUCGCUGCCUGCGCCAGACGUUGCGCCGAACAUCAUCCCGCCGUCGGCGCUGAAUACGUCUUAUCGCUCCCUCGUCAACCUCGCCAACCCGUCGGCGUACGGUAGCGAGCACCAGUCGUUUGCACCCCCCGUCCAGCCGUUCACGCAGCAGCACCCGGCCGGCCCGUACCCGAUGAGCCCGUUCGCGCCGCCCGGUGGAUCCCGCCCACAGAGCCUGUUUGGCGGCGUGGCCGGUAGCGUCGGUGACCAGCGUGACCCAUUGGCAAAUCUCCGUAGUGCGCGCCGGCAGCAGGGAACACCUUCGCUCAGCUUCGUGCCAGAACACCCGGUCCGGCCGUCAUCGCAGCUCCACCAGCAGCAGCCCCAGCAGCAACAGCAACACCAGCCGGCAUACCCUAUCGGCCGCGACUUUGGGACGCCUGAUAACGUGCCUCACCACCACUACCCCUCGCCGUACUUACCCCAGCCGUCGCCAUACCUCCAGCGACCGGCGUCGGUGUCGACGUUUUCCCAGGCCCCGCUCAACCUCCCCGCGACGCUCGCGUCAAUACAGACCUCGCUGCAGGCGCUGCACGAGCGCCUGGCGACGCUCGAGCACUCGCAGGCCAUGAUCCUGCGGCGCCAGAACCGCAAGCGGCACUGGUUCUGGGGCACGAGCGAGGCCGACGAGCUCGAGGACGCCGAGCUGGACGCCGAGGCGGCACGAUGGGGCGGGUACGCGCAGCCUUCGACGACGGUGCGCGUCCGCCGGCGCCAGGGCCUGUCUGCGCGCGUCAUCUUUGCGCUGCUGACCGCCAUCCGCCGCGCGAUCCUCGGCGUCGGCGCGAGCGUCAUUGUCGGCACGAUCGCGCUGUUGCUCAUGAACGGCGGGAUGCGGCGCAAUGCCAAGAAGGCGUGGGACCAGCUGCGUGGGCGUAUGGUGCGGCUGCUCACCGACACGGCGCACUAGCGCGCCGCCGUGGCCAGCGCGACCAGCCUACAUACAGCGCGCGCGCAUUAAUAUGUCUCUCCUUAUUGUACCCUGCAUUUGCUCGCUACGC